AUGGCGCUAUGGCUGCCUAAGAAGAAGGCCGUGCCCAUCGAAGUGAAGGAGUCCAUCAUGGGGUACCUAGUGGAUCACAUCAAUGGCGACCCCGAUGCUGAUGCCUCUCUCAACGACGGCUGGUCGACGCUGCAGUUGGACCUCCUGGAGGUGAAGUACCCGCUGCAAGAGGAGACGAAGAAGAAGACCCCGGUGGGAGCUCGUCGUACGGUGGCGACGACCCUGUCCGGGUACGCUGCGUACCUGGUGGCGUCGGCUCCGGAGCUGUUCGCCGACAGGACGGAGGGCACCAAGCGCGUGUACAGCAACAUGAAGGGCGAGCUCAAGGAGGUGCUGGGAGGGUGUUGGGGGUACCAUGCGUCUUGGCAGGCCACCCGCUUCGACAAGCUGGUCGGCAUCGCACAAGGGCUGCCGGAGGAGGAGACGACGACGGUGCUGCGCAAGGGGGCGAAGCUGGGGAAGAAGCUGAUGGAGAUGGCAGGCGAAGGCAGCGAUGCCGUGCCGAUUUACGCGCUGGCCAUCCUCUUCAACAGCACCAAGAAGCAGGAAUGGGCAGUAUCCACACAUCAUCACAGCAGCGAAAGGGUGCUGUGGGUGCCAAUCCUCUUGGUGCACCUUGGUGGACAGGAUGGCAUAACUGCCUAUAACAUUGAAGACAAUGAACUAUGGAAGCGUCAUGUUGUAACAGCAGUGUCUCAGGUCACCGUUGCUAUCUAUGUGUUGUACAAGUCAUGGCCAUCAGGAUACAGUAUUAGUGCUAUUGAGUCGAUACUUGCAUUGUUUUUGUUCUUCUAUGGGAUUUUCAAAUGCAUACGGAAGCCAUGGGAUUUGAAGAAAGUUAGCAUCAAUAGCCUCGUCGACUCCACUGGUUCGAAAGAAACUGGCCAGAUCAAUUCCCUCCAUGUAUACGUGCGAAGCGCGGUUUAUUAUUUUUGUGGCGGCAGCGAUGAGGGAAAUAACAAUUACAUGACAUUUUGGAACCCAUUUGAUGCAUUUGUAGACCUUGCACCUUCCUAUUCCGAACGACUUUGGAGCCUGAAGGUCUUGGUGCAUAAUCAAGAUGCCGCGCAUCGCUUGGCACAGUCCGCCCUCUCUGUAACAUUCGAUCGACUCUAUACCAAGGAAUCACUGAAGACGAUGCCGCGGUGGUACACUUGUUCCAUUGAUAUUUGCACGAUUAUUCCAUUGGUAUCUGCACUCCAGGUGCUUGUAUUUGUACUCAUAGUCACAUUCCACAUGGACGGCAUAAGAGCUUCUUUCAACCACACUGAAGUCACUAUCACAUUUAUCUUGAUAUAUUGUGCUGCUGUGAUGGAGGCCAUUAUACCUUCAGCCAUGCGUAUUAAGAGCAUACAUGAAUGGUUUAAUCAGCAACGACAUCAGUGGCCUGAUCAAGUUGCCCAGUACAACCUGAUUGGGUACUUGGCUCGAGACAAGAGGCACCCCUGGCUCAAGAAGUUGGCAACACUGCUGUGUUGCAAGGACCUUCUCGAUCAGCUCUGGAGCAUGGCGCCAUCCAAGUCCUCGCCCGACAUCACCAAGCUCAUCCAUGGCUACAUCGCCAGAGGGUGGACGGAGCAUCACAUAAAGGACACACCAACCUACAGGGCCUUCAAUGACAACCGAGGUCAGUGGACACUCAGCAGGGAGGGGUGUGGCGGUAGCCUCGAAUGGAGCCUGCGCAGACCGUUCGACGAGAGUGUCAUCCUCUGGCACCUCGCCACAGACUUUUGCUUCCACCGCACGGUCACUCCUUCCUCCCACGAAGCUGCUCGCCGCUGCAGGGAGAUGUCCAACUACAUGGCGUACCUGCUGUUCGUCAAGCCGGACAUGCUGAUGACCGGGGCCAGGCGCAGCCUUUUCAGAGCAGCUUGCAAGGAUAUUCAGUGCCUGCUAAAUGAGGAUCUUCAGCAGGAUGGACCAGAGAACACACUGCUGGACGACCAGGGGGAGCUCACUCUGAAUAUAGCUCAGCGGGCAAUGAUCACUGAUAACGCACCACACAUCGUUCGUGAGGCUCGGUGGCUCUCGACGUGUCUCAUGGCCUUGCGCAACGACGAUGAGGAGGACAAGAUGUGGAGGGUGAUCCAGGGCGUGUGGGUGGAGAUGCUCUGCUUCUCUGCUGGCAGGUGUAGAGGGUAUCUGCAUGCCAAGAGCUUAGGCAGUGGCGGGGAGUACCUCUCGUACGUCUGGCUCCUUCUCUUGUAUAUGGGGAUGGAGACCUUGACAGAGAAGAUGCAGAGGACAGAGCUACACGAGGACCGUAUUGCGGUAGGCAUGUCAUCAGCGGCUCCUAUGGCGGCCACCAGUGAUGAGAAUGUCUGACCCACAACUUUGAGAGAUUUAAUUUCUUUUCUUCCUAGUAAAGUUAUGUAAUUUCUUUAUUUUUGUCUCAUUGUCUGGGCAAUCAUUUUCAAACAUACGUGUACAUACCUUAUAAGAAAUUUGGACACCAAUUUUUGAAUAUUUUAUUUGAAUGCAUUUCUUUUUAUUUGA